GGCAACGGAAGCGUAGGAUUAGAAACUUUCCAUAUAUAGGGAAACAAGUCUGGAAAUCGGUCGGAGUUUUAGUCUGAAAUUGGCCGGUCCGUAGUGUUACUGUCGUGUGGUGCGAAAUAUAACUCGUCGACGUUCUCAUAUUCAGACGGCAAGAAACUGAAGAUACGUACGCAACUGGGGUAUCCGCAAAGUCUUAAAGAUGACGAAAAAUAGAAGCUUGAAACUAUUUACGAAAACGUGGCCGAUAAGACGUGAUAAAAAAUCUGAAGAAGAAAUCGGUAGACCCUUGACGGCCACUUUGGACAGGCCCGCCGUCUUAGACAUAAGGUUCAUGGCAAAAAUUGACAUGAGCCUCGUGAGAAAAGAAUUCCUUAACAUAACGAAUUUGUGCCGUCUGCCGUUGACCGUUAAGAAGAAGAACGCCGAUCGUCCAUCCAGUUUGGCCAAUUGCAUCGAAAAGAAAAAACCGAAAAAAGCUCCCAAAAUCGACAACUACAGCGACAGCCACGAAGACGAAGAAAGCAGCGUGAUUCAAAGCGCGAAGUUUAACCGAUUUCGACGCAAAAAUCGGGACAAUUCUGUGCCUUUACGGCCGUCGACGAGGAACGGUACCAUGGCAGCCAUCAAAGACCCGAAUAACAACAAAACGCUAAAGGUACCCGGUCGAAAAUUGACCGCGAUGGCCUCGGCGAAUUUAAAUGGCGUGGCGAAUCUAGCGUUGCCGGCCGAUUUGAAAUUGGCGUCAUCGACCAAACUACCGGAACCUUGUCGAAGUUGCGGCAGACCGGACCAGCCCGAACGUUUUCACAGUCAUCCCGCCACUCCUGCUAUGGCCCUUCGCAAAAAAAACGACUCCGGCGAUAUUGCGCAGGAAAACCAGCGUUUAUUGGUGAAAAGCACGGUCCAAAAACCGAUCGCCAUGCGAUACAAAUCGAAACGACUGGCGCAACCGAUCAGCGCCAUAAAAAAAAGCGCAUCGCCUCAUCAAAUCGACAGAACGCGAUCGGAAAACACGUCCAAAAGCGACACGACGAGAAUAUCUUCCGGAAAAAGGACUUUGACGUGCUACAUCUGCGGACGAGAGUUUGGCACAGCCUCUUUAUCUCUGCACGAGCCAAAAUGUUUGCAGAAAUGGGAAAGAGAAAACUCAAAGCUGCCGCGAAAUCUGCAGAGAAAAGUACCAGCAAAGCCGGACGGGGCUACGUCCCACAAGGAGUGGAACGAACUGGCGUGGGAGUCGUCGCAAGCCACGUUGGUGCCGUGUAGGAAUUGCGGCAGGACGUUCUAUCCGGAUCGAUUGGCGGUUCACCAACGCAGCUGCAGGGUGCAACACAUUUCGAAAAACGGUUCCGCCGACGAGAGUUCCUCCGCCACCUCGUCGUCUGCCAUCUCGCGGCCAUCGUCGAAAAGUUUCGAGUUACCGUCUUCAGUGAAGUGUUACGUAUGCGGUAAAAUGUUUGGAUCGCAUUCCAUCAAGAUACACGAGAGGCAGUGCUUGAAAAAAUGGCACGCGGAAAACGAAUCUUUGCCGCCCGACUUGCGUAGCCCGCCUCCAUCGAAGAAUGAGGAAAAACGAGAAUCAAACUUCAUGCCUCAAGCAACAGUCCCGAGCAACGUGAAUAACGAGACGCGGAAAGAAAAUAAAGACGACAGGCCCGCGUCGGCGAAAAAAUCGCCCCUUUUCCCGUGUUACUUGUGUGGCAAACUUUUCACCGUGCACUCGGUUUAUCUUCACGAGCCCCAGUGCCUGAAGUUAUGGAAAAUCGAAAACGACAAAUUGCCAUUAGGCAAGCGACGCCCCCAACCGUUGAAGCCCGACAUUAAAUUUACACCUUCCGGGAAAAUCAACUUUGAAGAGACGACGGACGCGUAUUGGCGUACGCAUCUCAGUCAGUUAGUGCCUUGCAGACUGUGCUCGAGAACUUUUAAUCCCGACAGGGUGGACAUACACGAAAGAAGUUGCAAGGGAAACUGAAUCGCGUCACUUAAUAUACCUAAUGUCCUACCAUUCGGUUUUAUUCCUAGACUAGAAACCAACGAGUCAGUGUUUUCAAUAAAGUUUU